AUGACAGUCAAGUUAUGCACUCAGUUGUUCUCAGAAUCUGUUGCGUGUGGUUUUGAGUACUACGCAGAUGACAUGAAAUUAGAUACGUUCAAGGAUACCAAUCCAACAGUAAAAAUGGUGAGACUGUUGAAUAACUCGUUUGACGUUCUCAAUGGAAGAUGCAGGAACGAAUCUAUCACCAAAUUAAAUUGGCAAUCGAGGAAGAAGAUUCUGGAAGCAACAAUAGACGCUCUGGAGAUGACUGAGAUAAUUUCAAAGGAACAAAAUGAAACUCCAUUUCUGUCGCAAACAACCCUUGAGGCAUUUCGUCUUACAUUGCACAGCAUAAUUGAUUUAACAGAAGACCUGUUAUCCAAUAAUUAUGAUUUUGUUUUGACGGGGAAGUUAAAUCAAGACUGCAUUGAAAGGUUUUUCGGAAUAAUCCGGAAUGCGGGUGGCUCAAAUGAGCACCCCACCAUACAUUCAUUUAUGCAACUGUAUCGCCUGUUUUGCAUCUAUUUCCCUACAAAGGAUGCUGUUUCUGGUGGAAAUGUUGAUCAAGAAGAGCAAGUACAAUUAUUGGUUUCCUACAAAGAAUGCCUUUUGGGCAAAUGCAAAACAGAAACUAAAAGGGCGGAAUUUCUACGAAGUACAAUGCGAAGUACUAUUAUUGAACAAUUAUUCGAUCAGAGACCGGAAAAUGAAACUUCCGAACAAGACAUUCCCAUUUCUGAAUGGCCUCGAUUUCCAUCUUUUGAAGAGCUCGCCCUUGAAGAACUCGCCCUUGAAGAACAUGACCUUCCUUCUGAAGAGGAGUUGUUGAUACGCAAAAUAAAAAGAUACAUGGUGUAUAACCUAUGUGGGUACUUAUUGCACUCUAGGAAGUAUUUAUUGAAAUGUGAAGAUUGCCUAAAUACACUCGAAACGUCUUUGGAAUCGCUUCCCCCUGAUUUUUCUGAAGCCAUUGCGACAAACAGAAAGGAUCGCGGUGGUCUGAAGUACUGCACCAAAGAAAUGUUCGACUUGUUCAUCAUAGUUGAAGAAGCUUACCGGGCAGAGGUUGACUUAGGGAAACUGAACAUCCUGGACUGGUUUGAGAGAUCGAUGGAAACUCUGGGUGUGCUGGUGAAGGAAAAUAAAUUCAAUCCCACCAUUUGCUGCGACACACACCGGAAGGAACUUGUCGAAUUGAAAAUACGAUCAUAUUCCCUAUCUCUCCCAUGUAAAGUCGGCCUACUCUGGCAACUAGCGCCACCCAACGUCCUGAAAUCGGGCCCAACCGGGAAGGGCCCAGUGGAGGUACCUUCUAACCUAUUAUAG